CCUUACAAAGGACCAUGGGAACUAGGAUUUGUUCUGCUGAGCUGCUGCCCUGGGGCUGUGACACUGCCAGAGGACAGGGGGUCAAGGCCAGCCCUGCACAGCCAUGCCAGAGGGAAGAGACACAUCAGUGAUGCUUCCUGCCCCACCCCCUGUUGCUCCCCAGUAGCCCCAUGUGCUGGCUCCACGAUGGCAGGGCAGGAGGCCCUGGUGCCAGUGAGGCUCUCUCUCCUACUCCUCUGGCUCAGGCUGUUUCUGUCCCACUGGGGGUGGGCUCGGAUGGGGCACGCCCAGCUCCACAGUCCCCCAGAAGUGGUGAUUCCCCGCAGAGUGACAGGCCCUGACAGAGUUGUGAAACCUCAGGACUGGCUCUCUUACAGCCUGCACUUUGGGGGACAGAGACACAUUGUCCACGUGAGAGUCCAGAAGCAUCUGCUGGCCAGACACCUGCCGGUGUUCAGCUACACCGACCAGGGUGCCCUCAUUGAGGACCAUCCAGUUGUCCAGAAUGACUGCUACUAUCAUGGCUAUGUGGUGGGGGACCCACAGUCCCUGGUGGUCCUCAGCACCUGUUUUGGUGGCCUUAGAGGAAUCUUACAGAUAAAUGACACCAUUUAUGAAAUCGAGCCCAAAGAACAUUCUACCAUAUUUGAACACUUGGUGUACAAGUUGGACAGCGAGGAGACAGGCCUACCCAUGAGAUGUGGGUUAACAGAUGAAGAAAUAGCACGACAGCUGAAGUUUCAGGAGGACAGUGACCCCACGCUGAUGCAGAGCGGGUAUGAAGGGUGGUGGACCCACCAGCAGAUUGUGGAGCUGGCAGUGGUGGUCGACCACAACCGGUACCUUUAUAAAGAGAGUAAUGUCUCCAAGGUGUAUGCAGAUGUGUGCCUUGUUAUAAAUGAUGUGGGUGGUUUCUACAAGUCCCUGGAAGUUGAAGUAGUUUUAAUGGGCAUUGAAGUCUGGACUGAAUCAAACCUCCUUCCAGUAGAUGACAUUAACCGUUUCUUGUUUCAAUUUUGUGAAUGGAAGAGGCAAGGCUUUGAAGCCCGCUUGCCACAUGAUGCUGCACAUGCUUUUGUAAAGCAAGAUUUUGGUGACGAUCUUGGCUUAGCCUACGUAGGAGCAGUAUGUUCGCAGGUAUAUAACUGCGCAGUUGAAAGUUUCACUUCUGACCUGCUCUAUGACUUUGCCUACAUUGUGGCACAUGAGCUCGGUCAUAACUUGGGAAUGCUCCAUGAUGACAGCUUUUGUACCUGUGGAAGCAGGAACUGCAUCAUGCUUCCAAGUAAAGUGAGAGCAACUAAGUUUAGCAACUGCAGUUAUGCUGCCUUUUGGAAUUAUGUUGGCAAAACAACAUGUCUAAAGGUACCUUCAGACAUCAUCUUCAAACACACACGCUGUGGGAACAGUGUGGUGGAAGAAGGAGAAGAGUGUGAUUGUGGUUGCAUCAAUUCCUGUGCAAAUGAUCCCUGCUGUCAGUCGGACUGCACCCUGACACCUGGGGCUGCCUGUGCCUUUGGGCUUUGUUGCAAAUACUGCAAACUCAGGCCACCAGGCACAUUGUGUAGAAAGCAGGAAAACGAAUGUGACCUUCCAGAGUGGUGCAACGGAACAUCCUACCUCUGUCCAGAAGAUGUGUAUGUGCAGGAUGGGGUUCCUUGCUCAGAGAGUGGCCACUGCUAUAAAAAGAGAUGCAACGACCGUGUGGAGCAGUGUAGGCAAAUUUUUGGCAAAGAGGCUAAGAAUGCAAAUCACAUAUGCUAUAGUGAAGUGAACACCCGAGGAGACCGUUUUGGUCACUGUGGGUGGAAAGGUCCUGCUUAUGUCAAAUGUGCAAUCGCAGACGUCCUGUGUGGGAGGGUUCAGUGUGAUGGUGUGAGAGAACUCCCCCUUCUGAGCGAUCACACUACAGUGCACUGGGCCCACUUCAAUGGGGUAACCUGCUGGGGUACAGACUACCAUUUUGGGAUGACCAUUCCUGACAUUGGGGAAGUGAAAGACGGAACAGAAUGUGGUAUGGACCAUAUCUGCCUCCAGAGGAAAUGUGUCCCUACAAUACUCUGGAAUAGUUACUGUUCACGGGAGACCUGCAACAUGAGUGGGGUCUGUAACAAUAGACAUAACUGCCACUGCGACCCAGAGUGGGAGCCACCCUCAUGCCAGAAAGCAGGAUAUGGAGGUAGUGUCGACAGUGGCCCACCCCCUCCAAGACAAGAACCCAUAGAAGAAAAUUUUAUAUACCUUCUCGGAUUUUGGUUGAUACGUUUAUAUUAUUUUAUAGUUUCUGUGCUUGUUAUGAUUUUGCUGACCUUUGAGACAAACAGCGAAGAAGAAUCAGAAGAAUCUAUCUACUAACCUAAGAUGAGCUAAUGUUUCCAACUUCAGUCUAAAGAAGUAAAGAAUGUUUUGAAUUCACAGAAGAAAAGGAAAAACAUAUGAAUACAAAAGGGAAAUUCAAUCCCCAAAGAACUUGCCCAUACAUUAAGUUUUAGAUUCCUUGAAAUAGAAAUGGUACACCAUGUGUCACUGUUUAUUGAUUGAAAUCCUGAGUUUUUUAUAUUUGGGUUCAUAAACAUGAUGUAUUAAAUCAUUUGCAAAAUAUGUUAAUUCCUCAAAUAUUUCUACUUUCCCUUAUCAAAGCAAUUGUUAUUCAAUUUUUUCAUGAAUUUUAUACUCCCC